AUGUCGGCUGUGUCCGAAGAGCAAAGAAAACUGCAAAAUGCGGACGCAUGUGGAUUCAGCGGUGAUGAAGACCAAAUUAUUGGAGGGAGUGACGGCCCAAGUAACAAAGAAAAUGAAAAAGUUGAUGAAAACCAAGAAAAUCCACCAAAUGAUAAUUUGCCGACCCCAAAACGCAAGGAACCGCCAGACAAUGCCGGCAUGGUUUUAGCGGCGUAUGGUUAUGUUUUAGGCGACUCGUUAGGGAAGGGCUCGUACGCUGUAGUCAGGGUAGCUUUUUCUAAGAAAUUAAAGCGGCAAGUCGCGGUUAAAAUUAUCAUAAAGAAAAAGGCACCAAAAGAUUACCUCACAAAGUUUCUACCCCGCGAGAUUGCAGUCAUGAAACAGCUCAAGCAUCCGCGCAUCAUCGGACUUCACGAAGCCAUCGAGACGGGUUCUCGGGUUUACCUUGUAUUAGAUAUGGCGGACGGCGGCGACUUGCUAGAUUACAUCAGAACAAACGGUGCGGUGGUCGAGGAGGAAGCUCGGAAGUUUUUCCGGCAGUUGGUCGAGGCGUCUGAAUAUCUCCACAAGAUGGAUGUUGUACACAGAGACUUGAAAUGCGAAAACAUCUUGCUGGACCGCAACAAGAACAUCCUACUCUCCGACUUUGGUUUUGCGAGGACACAACCCGUGGAGUGUGGCACGGGAAAACGGCGGCUGAGUUCAACGUUUUGUGGAUCUUACGCGUACGCCCCACCCGAAAUUCUCCGGGGUAUCGCGUAUGACGGAACCCGGUCGGAUGUCUGGAGUUUGGGAGUUGUGCUGUUUACCAUGUUAUGUGCUAAGCUACCGUUCGAUGAUUCUAACCUAAAAUUGUUACUGGAACAGGUAAAGUAGUAAGGGUACACAAUAAAUAAAUAAAUAAAUAAAUAGAUAAAUAAAGUAAUAAUAAAAUAAAUAACGGUUUAGAGGUAGCAUAUUUAGCAGUUAUCUUCUACCAUUCCUGAAAUUUGUGUUGGUUUUUGAGGAGAGGGAAAAUUCGAAGUUCCCAGAGAAAAAUCUCUCGGAGUAAAGGAGAGAACCUGACAAUAAACUCAACUCACAUAUGGCGUCGAUGCUGGGAUAUGAACCCGGGCCACAUAUUCAAGAGAGGCGAGCGGCUGUCACCACUGCGCCACCCUUGCCCCCUCACCCUCUUCCACCCCCUACCCCCCCCCCCAAAAAAAACCCUGAAAAUGUUUGAAACGCCGAAAUACAAAUUUCAAUGAAAAUAUGAUCGUUUACCAACUCGGUUAGCUUACCUAUAACGAAACGAAAGUUAAAUUAGCGCAAACGAGAGUCGUUAUAUGUUUGAUAUCCCUGACUUAUAAUUUUCAGGUGUCUAAGACGGUUGUUUUUCCCAAAAAAAGGAAAGUUUCCGAGGAAGCGAAGCACCUUAUCAUGCAGAUGCUUUGUGAAGACAAGAAGAGAAUUGAUAUUCCAGGGAUAAAAAAACACCCGUGGUUUGAAGGUAAGACGUUUGACCAAUGCCUUAAGGAAAACAACAACCAAACGCUCGUAAAAGAUAAGUCGCAUGAUUCCGGACUUGGAAACGACGCUGAAAGUAUCUCCCAAGAGAUGAAGGAAUGA